UUGUCUGUGUACGAUGCGAGCACAGGCACGGACAGCAAGCCACAGAAGCCGACAGAAGCACAUAUCACAUUCCCAGAGCGAGCCGCGUCUGGCGUGGUGGAUGGGGAAGUCGUCCGCUCGAACAGGAUCACGAGGAUAUACUCCAUGGACGAGGUGAGAAUGCAGGCAGCGAGGAUAGGUGUGAGGCACGCCAACGCAGACGGAGAUAGAGAGGACGAGGUGGAGGCAGAACUCAUCCUCAUGAAGCAGUCUUUCCCCCUCACAGUUGCAACACAGAAGGUGGCAGUAGUGUAA